CUUCCUCCUCCUGGUUUCGAUGCGGGAAUCUUUGCAAGCUAGCUAGCUGUCCAGCUGCUAACGCGCCCCAUCAGUUAUUUUGGACGUUGUGCGUUGGUUAGCUACCUGCUAGCAGCUUUUUCAGUAACUAUGGCAAAUGCAGCAAAUACAAACCUGAACGCAGUCCGGGAAACGAUGGAUGUACUGCUCGAAAUCUCCAGGUUGCUGAACACCGGUUUGGACAUGGAGUCUCUGUCGAUCUGUGUGCGACUAUGUGAGCAAGGCAUUAACCCAGAGGCUCUGUCCGCAGUCAUCAAAGAGCUGCGUAAGGCUUCGGAGACCCUCAAGGUUUCUGAGAACUGCACAAACUGAGGAUGAAAAUAAAGAUCUCAUCACCCAA